GGCGAAUUAUUUUUUUUGAGCCUUGUACGAUUUACGGAUUUACGACAUUUGGCGGUAUUUUGUCGGUGCACAACCUGGUUCUUUUCCCGGGUAUUUCGGAGCAGAGCGGCCACGUAAAGCAUGGCGAACUUCGAGUUCGUCUUGCCUUUGACCAAGGACCAACUCUUGAGAUCCGAGAGUGUCGGGCAGUAUUAUGUCAAGGACGUGGUGCCGGCUCGUGAGAUCGGAGCACAAGUUCGAGGAUUUCUCUCCAAGAAAAGACUCCUCGACACCAAAUGUGUUGUUGAUUCCUUCGAUCUGCUUUACAGUGUUAUCACAAACUUUCGCUCCGUUGACGAGACGGUGAUCCAAGAUGCAUUUGACCUGGCACUCUUGGGUGUUUCAAAGGUGGAGUCAGACUUGACAAUACUGCUGCAAGAUUCUGACGCAGCCUUAGAUUUCGACGCCAAAAAGCAGGCGCAGAAUCACCUCAAGAUGUCCUGCUAUGUGCUUUGUCACCUCAUCGAUCUCAUUGAAGCUGAAGCCAGCAAGCCGUCGUCAGAUGUGGCCGUGAGCGCGUCAAAGGGUCGCAAGAAAGUGACUGCGAAUAACAUGAAAUUUCUUGAGUGGGGGUCACAGAAGCUGAAGGCUGUCCAGUGCCUCAAAAAUAUACACGAGCUUUCCCUCCAGUGCCUGUGGUCACCGCAGCCUGUUGAAGAUGAGUACAUCAAUCUUGUAGCUGAUUGCUUCUUCAAGUUGAUAGAAGAUACUGGCAACAUAAAGUCGAGCACCAUCAAGGAUGCAUUCACCACAGUGAUUGCCUUGAACAUCAAAAGGCACAGCUAUGCUAUUGGAUGCGUCAUGAAAAUAAUGCAGGUGCUGCAAGCUCACGAGCAUGUAGCAUCCUUUCUUGCCGAAGCCCUGUUGGUCUUUUCGGAGAAGUUUGGUGUGAAAAGCAUUGUUGGUGACUGCAUCAGAGAGCUGUGCCGCCUGGAUUCCUUGGAGAAUGCGCAAGACGUCGGCGGCAUCCGGAAUCUUGCCACAUUUCUUGUGGAGCUUACAGACAGGAUGCCUGAAUUAGUCACAAAGUCAGCUGGCUUGCUUGUUGACCUGCUGAAUGUCAAGAGCUACACCAUGCGGAUUGGCGUGUUGACAGUUUUCUUCAAGAUUGUGCUCGAUGUCCUAAGCAAAGAGGGAUUGGACAACAAGGAGAAGGAACUGAGAGACACACUCCUUGACCACCUGGAGGAGCACAUUUUAGAUGAGAAUGCCUUUGUGCGGGGCAAGGUCUUGCAGCUUUGGCAAGACAUGUGCAACAGGAAGUGCAUUCCGCUGGACCGGCAACAGGCAGUGCUCGAACUCAUCACCAACAGGCUGUGCGACAAGUCUAGCGUCGUCCGGAAGCACGCAGUCAGCUUCGUCUCUGCCUACCUCGCCAGCAAUCCUUUCCUUGCCAAGUUGUCACCUGAUGAACUGAGGAAGAACCUUGCUGAGGAAGAGGAGAAACUGCAAGCUCUACGGAUAUUGCACAAAGAUGCAGAUGGCGAAGACGAAGCAGAGGAGAACGAGGCAGAUUCUUCGUGGAUGGGAAUCCUUCCAGGACUGCAAGAUGUGCUCCAGGAGGGUGAUGAGAAGGACAAGGACAUGUCCUUGACUGAGGAAGAAAGCGUGGUGCUUGAUGAGAUCCUGAAUAAGAUAAGAGUGCUACUCAAAGACGGCAGCUGCGCGGAGGCGGUCGCGGUGCUCAAGAAGGCCAUCGCCACAUAUCCGGAUGUGAACCUCUUCUGCAAUCCGACUGCUGACGAGGAGGGCUCAGAUGAGAACAAGAGUGAGGAAAAUGGUGUCAAGGACAACACAGAUCCAGUCCUCUUGAAUGUCCUGAAAAAAAUUUAUCAGGGAACCAAGGUUGCUGUGCCUGACACACCAGCAUCUGAUAAAGAAACAGCUUCUCCGGAUCCCCCACCCAAUGAUGCUGGGUCUGGCGAGGGCGUGGUGGAGCUCUACAAGCAGAAGAUGCUUGUUUUGUAUCUCAAAGAUUGCACCGACUUUGCCGAGAAGAUUCAAGCCAUGAUACCAACGCUCUGCGAGAUGCUCUAUUCGCGCACCCAGUCCGACAUACAGGAGGCCAUCGCCUUCUUCGUGUCGGCCCACCGGCUGGGCAUCAGGGGAGCAACCGUCGGCAUCCGCAAAAUGCUGCCCCUGGUUUGGUCCAGAGAGCAGUCCAUUCGAGAGGCUGUCGCCAACUCGUACCGAGACGUCUACUUCAACCAGCCCUGCACCAACGCCAAGACAAGAGCACGAAACAUUGCAGACGGCUUGUCCGAGCUUGUCAACGUUGUGACGACUAGCGAGCUAAUAUGCCUCGAACAGCUGGUGACGGAAUUAGUGAAGACCGGCGACAUAUCCUCCAUGGUUCUGCGAUUCCUGUGGGAGAGAUACACAAUGGAACAGGCAGACUCCUCCAGGGAGGACUGCCUUGCAGCCACCCAGCUGCUUUCCAUGGUUGCCAGUGCUGAUAGCAACAUGGUGACAAAGAACCUGGAGCUCCUCGUCUCCGUCGGAUUGGGCGAGCGUGGGAAAGCUGACCUCGACUUCUGCAGGCACACGUGCAGCAUUAUUCAGAAGAUGGGCGGCACUCACUUGGCUGAGAAGGCCCCACUGCAACGCUUUGAAAAUUCUCACAGCAUGUUCGUUCAGCUCCAAGACAUUCUCCUGGAAACAUUUACCGACACCAGCCUGACUGUUUGGAUCCCCACCAUGGAGAGGGCGCUUGACGUGAUCUACAAGUAUGCCAUGCAGCCAGCCGAAAUUGCCUACACUAUUCUGCACGGUUUGGCUGAGCGGUUACUGCCCCGGUGCCAGCAGUGUGCGGCAGUCAAUGGUGUGGCAGAAGCAAAGCCACAAGAUUCUCAAAACUUGCAAGAAGAGAACGGAGAAGUGGCAGUGGAGGAAUCGCCCCAGACACCUUUGUUUGAGUGUUCAAGCCUGCUGCUGUCGCGCACCCUGGCUUGCGUCGGUCAGGUGGCACUUCGGCAGCUCAUCUACCUCGACGUGGAUGUGUUUGCUCAGCUGAAGCGGAAGCGGGAGGCCGUCAAGGACCGGAAGGAACAAGUUGCGAAGCGAAAGAAGCGGCAGUCGUUCUCUGCUACCGGACACGUCCUUACCCAGAGCCAGGAAGCGGCUGACAGCCAGAAUGCCGACGACGAGAUGUUGGGUCCAGUGACAGAUGACACGGAUGCAGAGUACAUUGUUCACCUUUUGGACGAUGUGUUGCUGAGCGAGGAAAAUUGUCUCGGCACUUGGAGCAAGCUUGUGGUGCACGUCGUCACUGAACAGAGCACGUACACGGACGAAGGUGUGCGUACCGUCGCCUCCCUUGCACUGGCCAAGCUGAUGUCGAUCAACGCGCAGUUCUGUGAGCAGCACUUGGCCCUGCUGUUUGACAUCAUGGAGAACUCGCCAGAUCCCGUGAUCCGCACAAACCUGGUUGUGGCGGUGGGUGACCUCAUGGUCCGCUUUCCUAAUCUGCUGCAUACCUGGACAGAGAAGAUCUACGCCCGGUUGCAGGACCCAUCGCGAGACGUCAAGAUGGGCACGUUGAAAACAGUCAGCUUCCUCAUUCUCAAUGACAUGAUCAAGGUCAAAGGUCAGAUCAGCGACAUUGCUGCCAUGGUUAUGGAUAAGGAUGCUGAACUUGCGGACAUGUGUCGGAACUUCUUCUUUGAACUUGGGAGCAAGGGGAAUGCCUUGUACAACCUGCUGCCCGACAUCAUCAGCCAUUUAUCGGAUGAAGAACAUGGCAUAGACGAAAACAAUUUCCAUGUUGUCAUGAAGUUGCUCUUCUCAUGCAUCAGCAAAGACAAACAACUUGAAAACUUUGUGGAGAAGCUGUGCUUCAGAUUCAUGCUUAUGACGACGGAGCGCCACUGGCGUGAUCUCGCAUACUGCUUAUCCCUCAUUCCAUUUGGAGAACGGGGCAUCAAGAAGCUGCACGAAAACAUGGUCUGCUUUGCGGACAAGAUGCACGUGGAUGCCGUGUAUGAAAGCAUCACAGGCAUCAUAUCAAAUGCGAAAAAAGCGCAGGUAAUGAAAGCCGACGUUAAGGUGAUUCUCGAAGAGUUGGAAGACCUUGUGGAAGAGCUCCGGAACAAGGGCCUCACCGAGAGCGAGCUGGUGCAGAGGACGAAGAAACGCUCCACGCAAGCAUCGGCCACCAAGCGGGGGGGCAAGCAGUCUUGCGCAACACCAAGAAAUCAGAAAACACCAGCUCAAGGCAAGAGAAAAUGCCGGAAGAAAAUGUCGCGCCUCUCCGAGAGCAGCGACGACGACGAAGAGGAGCAGGCGUCGCCGCCGCCGUCCACGCGAAAGGCGCUGCCACGACGGCAGUGCAAGGUUCAAAUACAGUUCAGCGACAGCAGCGAAGCCGAGAUGGGUGAUGAUGAGGUGAAUGCCAUAAACCCAGAUACUGAAGGAAGCACAGGUGCUGCCACCCCACCAGACAGCGGGAAGACGCCAUUUCUUAGCCCUACGCAUGAUUUUAUAAGGGGCCGCCAGCAUCGCAUAUCUACAAAAGCAAGUGCUCUAGUGAUGGAUCUUCAAGCCAUCCACAAGGCUGCGCAACAAGAGGCUGCCUACACUUGGACACCCGAACGUCUUCGCCCACUCCUUCGCAUCCGUUCAAGAGCUCGGGAAAGUACACGACACCCUCACGAGUACACCCUCACGACAUUGCUGCCAUCUAGCUGCCACACAGCCCUACUUAAAGGGGUGGAGACGUGAAAAUUUUCGUUUAUGUGUUCUUCGAUUCAAGCGUUGCGUACUGCUUCAGGAAGCACGAUACACAUGGCGGGAUUCAUAUAUACUUGAUAAAUAAUUUAAUAAUAGCAUUAUUAAACCGAGCGAUUUUGGU